AUGGCAAAGAGAAAAGGGAAGAAGGCGAGAGAGAGGGCGCGCCUCUGGGCCACACGAAACCAGCAGAGGCAGGCAGGCCAUGACGCGCCCAACAAUCAGAACGAUUCUCGCGACCAAAUACAAGCACCACAUGCCAACAUGACCCCUGACGAUGCAUCGGAAGCGUCACUACGAGGUGGCCUUUUGGAACUAGCAGUCGAUCGCGGAAAGUUUACCUUCAAUCCAUCAACAAUCAACGCUCACGACGAAGGCGACCAGGACGUCACUCUGUUGGACAUUUCACCCGCCAAAACUGGGGAUGCCUACAACCCACUGUUUGGAGAGGUCUCGACUGUUGAAGCCCAUGGGAUUAACAUUUUCAAGGUCCAAACUGAGCCUCUUCGCUUGUCGACCGAGAAUGCCGAAACAGACCCAGACACACAGCGCAGCCUUGAGGAUGUCUUCACUGAAAAUCCAGGCAGCAGGCUCUCCGGUCUUGACGCAGAAACACUAGCCUUUGCAGGACAGGUUGUGAGGCAAGUUGUCUUGGAAGCAACUUACGAUUUCCUACAAAGAUGCAUUCCACGAGGAGAGCAGCACAAGGUGUGGGACUCCAUUCGCGGUCAAGACGACGGAAAACCUGAUGCCAAAUACUCAAUUGCCAUACCAGAAGGCACAAUGGACCUCAAGAACGGUGUGCGGUCUGUAUCACAACUGCUUGGCAACUGCAUCGACAUCCUCUCUCAAAAUAACCAAGUCACAGACCAAAAGACCCUCAAACUGUAUCUGGGCCGAGCCGUGACACUCUGCGAUGCGUUGAGUAAUGAAGAGAAAAAGCAAGCUUUGGCAAAGGCUGCCGACGAGCUCGACUGGCUCAUCUUGGGUCUCGACUGCAAGACCAUGGAGCUAUACCGUGUUGCCAACCGGCAGCUUGACAAGGUCAACAUGAGCUGUCCCAUCGCUGCAGAGCAGAACGGAGAGAACGCAGAAGGGGUACAUGUAGUACGACGAUGUGAGGAGCGAAAUAUGCUUCAGUCGAUGCAGCGGUCACAUGGGGAAGUCAAGGAGAAAUUUCGGAUCCGCUUCAUUGAAGCACUGCAGAGUCUGCUGGCGCUUUGA